AUGUUCGACUGGGCGGACAAUAUACCACGUGAAUAUCUCAACCAACCGACUCCGCUCUAUGCACAUCCUUCUGACGUACAGUGGCCAUGGGGAGCCCUCCACGAGCCGCGGGACACAAUUUUGUUUAACAUCCGGGGACCAUUUGUGUUCGAAAAAUUAACUGAGAUGAUGUGGUUCUUUUCGAUUUUGCUCGGUAUUCUCGCUGUGGCGAUGGCUCAAGACUACGAACAUCAAGUGCACCCACAGUUGAUUGACAGGGUAAAGGGGGCUACGAGCAUAACUUCUUCGAUGACCAUCGCGGUCGGCUGGACGGGCAGGCGUACGGGACCAGGGUUCUCGGUCCCUACGGCGACUCCAGCCACUUGGGGGGCGCGCUCAACUGGCACGAUGCCAACGCGGCUGCUUCUCUCGACGUCAGCAAGCAAAUACACGGACCUUCGUCUAUUAACGCUGGUGCGGGUGGCAGCUGGCCGGUUGGGAAAAACGGCGACUUCUCGGUGCUGGGUACGUACGGGAAGACCUCUGGGAUCCCUUCUGACUAUGGCGGGAAGGCCAUAUUCAACUACCGCUGGUGAAGGAUUCCAUACGACAUUUGUUAAGCGUUUUCAAUGUAUC